AUGUCAGUGUCUCGCGUCUUCUUAGUUGCGAGCCUAACGGUUGCGCUGGCUCUAUCGGCAGCACCUCACAUCGGUGUCAGCGCUGAGGUCGCAUCGAACUCGCAGCGGCGGCUGAUGAAUGAGGUUGUAAAGGUGCACGUGAAAGUCCAUCGUGACGCUCAGCACGAGGAGGAGAAGGACAAGAAGGAAAAGAGUUCGACAGACAGUCGCGAGACGGUCCGUAGCUAUGAUCGAGGGACUGUCCGUAUCGAUUCGAUCGGUUCAAAAGCCACAAAGAAGUCCGGGAAUAGUCGGCUCGAGACCCACGCGGCUGAGCAAACUCAGGACAACGAGACGGAAGUCAAUAACGAGCACGGGACGGUCGAAAUCGCGGGUGAAAAGGACGGCAGGACCACAAGGACCGAGACGGGAAACUCGAACGGGAAGCUCAAGAAAGGGGCCGCAGCAAAGGCGCUGCAAGUCGGUGGGUCAGCGCGCAAGGCCACUAAGAUCGCGACGAAGCUCAGCAGUGCGGCUUCUGCCGACAAAACCUCCUUCCAUGACACGUACGGACCAAUAGUGGUCAUUUGCGGCAUCAUUGGGGGCCUGGCGGCUAUCGUUGGUGUCGCUGGUUUGGUGAUGGACCAACCCCAUGCGAAAAAGGGUAACUACUUGGACGAGUCUGCUGAAACCGACGUUGAAGCAGGUGUCGUGCCUGUGGGAGCGCACGACGACGAUGUAGACUCGGACUUGAGCUCGGACUCUGGCAGUGACGAUGACGGCGAGGAAGGCGUGUUUUCCAACAGUGCUGUCCAGUCCGUGUAG